UGUUUUCACGAAUACCUCAUUCCAUCGCAAUUCGUCCUAGGGUUAACAUCCGGUCCUAAUCGGAGUGCGAGUGACAUUGAAGUGAAAGCCGGUAUUUCCUCCUCGAAUCCUUCGUUUACAUCGAAGAUAUCAAUAUUUACCCAUCUUUAACGGCAAAAAACAACAAUUUCCGUAAAAACCAAAGACUUUGUGAUUAUAAACAGUGAUUGAAGAGUAUCGAUCGGCGAGCCGUUUUCCGCGAUCUGGCGAUAGUUUUCCGUGGCAGAGCGGGCGAUACUCCUCCAAAAACGUUAAAACUAAAGAGCCACCGUCGUCGUCGCCGAGAUGGCGUUCAUGAUGCCUGUCGUGAAGAACGACUGGGACAUAUACAAUUCGCAGCGGUCGCGGCGGACCUCGGAGAACGAGAAGGCGGGGCCGGGCGGCCGCGUGCGGAAGGUGUCCGAGUCGCGGUCCGAGGGCCCGGCGGUGUCGGCGCGCUCGGCCACGCUCAGCCCGCACCGCAGCGCGCCCGCCAUGCGCUCGCUGUCUUACUGCCGCGCGCCGCCCUCGCGAGCCUCGCUGCGCACGGCCCACGACAGCCCCAGCAAGGGCUCGGCUAGCCCGGCCGGCCCGCCACGCGACACGGACAAGUUCCACAGCAGGGCGCGCGCCGAGUCCCCCGACGGGCCGCGCUGCGGAGCCUGCGUGCCCUACCUGUGACGCCGCCGCCGCCGGCCGCAGGCGCGCCGCGCGCCGGCACACUAUCUGUGAUAUGUUUGCGAUACCCAAGCACAGUUGAGUACACCUUUGAAUGUGCUAACCGUAACCGCCUAUGGGAACUUUUUCACCUUCGGAGUUAUAUCGACUCAAUGCAAUAGUAUACAUAUAGUUGUCAUGUCGGUACGCUUUCAUUCACUGUUGCAUGUUUGUUAUCUCUGUGGCCCUAUCUAUCGAUUAAUUGAUGUAUUAGGUAAGAUGAUGUUGAACAGGUUGUCAGUAUUAGGUUGUAACAGGGCUGUACGUCGGAUGGAUAUUUAAGACUGCGUUUAGUUUAAGGCUGGCCCGGGACCGGCGGCGUGAGGGUGUCCCGGCCACUAGUGGUAGAGUCCGUGGCAGUUCGCGAAUGGUAUCUGUGAUUUGUUAUUUGUAAGUGAUGUGGUGUUAUUUAUUUUAGCAAAGUUAUUUUAUUUUUAAUUCAUAGUUUGUUGACGUCUUAACACCACUUUAAUUACAUCAUGUGGUACCUAGAAAUUCUAAAUUCAUAUUUGAAAUUGUAACGAGACCAGGAAUUUAUGAAAUUGUGUUCAACAAUCAAAAAUAAAUAUUUAUAUUACAGUAAUCGUAGCCAAAAACUAGUUAGUAUGAAUGUAAACUGGGGGUUUAAUGGAUUGAGAAAAAAGGUUAAUGGCGUUCGAAUGACACUAAUAAUAAUAAAACGAGUACCUUUUAUAUUGUAAAAGUAUAAACAUAGUGAAAACUGUCGAUAUUGAUAAUUAUAGGCCAGCACGAUUUGUAGUCAUCAAUAUUAAACAGUGAUAUAUUUAGUUGUAUUAGAUUUAUUGACAACAAACGGGGGUAUCUGUACACGUUCAAGUUCAUGAGCUAUGAAUUUUUGUUAUGAAUUUGCAUGAUUUUAUGUGAUGUUAGCACUAUCUAAUAUAUGACUGUGUAAAUGGACCAGCUUUAUUAAUAUAUAGAUAUGUAUCAGUAAAACUGAGGCAAUGUUAUACUAUUGGAUGUGAGAUGCAGUCGAUUACGAAAGCAUUCUAAAUUAUAAGGCAUAUCUUGGCGUAAAUUAUUCACUAGAGAAUAUAUAAUUUAUUUCCUGUAAAUAAUUUCCGCCUUUUUAUUUAAACUACAACUAAAUUAUUAAUGUUCCUUUUAUACUUUUGAACUGCCAUGUAAUAUCUACUUACGAAUUGUGCUAUAUAUAGCUAAAUAGAUACCUAAAGGUAUUCAAUAAGUAUCUUAGUUAUUCAGAGUUGAUAUAUAAGAUUAUGAUACAGUAUUUUCAAUGUAUACACUCGAUACAAACCAUUUUAUAUAUCGUAUUGCAUGUAAGUAAUGGCAGUGUCUGAUCUGACGAUUUUUAAGUAUUAAACAUUAAAAUAAAAAGCUUAAAUUUUA